AGAGCUGUGACAACAGGGGCGCAGGAUGGCUCUGAACAUUGCUUCGACUCUUCUCCUGGCUACAGGACUCACCCUCCUAAUUUAUCUCAUUAAAUGGUGGAGUAAAAUCAAACAGAAGAACCUACCCCCAGGACCUACACCUCUACCAGGCUUGGGGAACAUCCUUCAGCUAAGCACCUCAGAACUACCACAGUCUUUAGUUAAGCUGAGUGAGACAUAUGGACCUGUCUAUACCCUCUACAUAGCCAAUCUUCGGACGAUAGUACUGAUUGGGUACGAUGCUGUGAAGGAAGCAUUGGUGGACCGCAGCGAUGCUUUUAGUGACAGGGGAGACACAGGAUCUGGAGAAUUUUUUUUUAAAGAUUUUGGGGUCAUUGCAAGCAGUGGGGAAAGGUGGAAAAUUCUUCGUCGUUUUUCUCUGACAACGUUGAGAAAUUUUGGAUUGGGAAAGAAGAGCAUUGAAGAAAGAAUCCAAGAAGAAGCCCGAUGUCUUUCUGAGAAAUUUAUGAAGGAUAAAGAUUCUCCAAUUGACCCAACAUAUAUAUUACGAGCUUCUGUUUCUAAUGUCAUUUGUUCCGUUGUGUUUGGUGAAAGAUUUGACUAUGAAGAUGAAAAGUUUUUGACUCUCUUAUUAUAUUUUCACAAUCUUCUCAAGUUGUUCAACAGUCGUUCAGGGCAGCUCUUUACCAUAUUCCCCGCCGUAAUGCCCUACAUUCCUGGUCCUCACCAGACGAUCUUUAAAAUUGUCCACAACCUGAAGCAGUUUAUUAAGGAGAUGGUGAAAUCCCACCGAGCCACCCUGGAUGAAAACUGCCCUCGUGACUUCAUAGACUGCUUCCUCAUGAAGAUGGAAGAGGAAAAAAAGAACCCAGACACCGAAUUUCAUGAUGAUAACCUAGAGGGGACAAUAUUAGAUUUAUUCUUUGCUGGAACAGAGACUACAAGUUUGACAUUGAGAUAUUGUUUUAUUAUACUCUUGAAACAUCCGGAAAUACAAGAAAAGAUCCAUAAAGAGAUUGACAAUGUAAUCGGUAAAGAUCGUUGUCCAUCAAUAGAAGACAAGAGUAAAAUGCCGUAUACAGAAGCUGUAAUCCACGAGGUUCAAAGAUUUGCUGAUAUUGUCCCUUCAGGAUUGCCUCAUUCUGUCAGCAAGGACACAACCUUCAGAGGAUAUCACAUUCCAAAGGGAACCCUGGUGUUUCCAGUCCUGACCUCUGUGUUGAAAGACCCAAAACAAUUCAAGAACCCAGAAGAGUUUGAUCCUUCACACUUUCUUAGCGAGGAUGGUUGCUUUAAGAAACAUGAUGCAUUUAUGCCAUUUUCUACAGGCAAACGCAUGUGUAUGGGAGAAGGCCUGGCUCGCAUGGAGCUCUUCCUCUUUCUCACCACCAUACUGCAAAAGUUCACCUUGGAGCCUACAACAGACAGAAAGAAUCUGAGCAUAAGACCAGAGCCCAACACCAACGCUUCAAGACCUCAUUCAUACAAGAUGAAGGUUGUCCCUCGCUUCUGAGUUGAGGAAAAACUUCUUGCAUAGAGAAAACCAAGACAAUCUAGAACAUGCAAACAA